AUGCCACCUCGUCGUAGACCGACCGCGUUCGAGGUUUCGUUUCCGGGGGAAGACACGCAAGAUGAAUCUGCCAGUGGUACAGACUCUGGGCAGAACAAUCGCCGGCGUUACCGCGAUGACGCGGAUCACGACCGUGCAUACACCAUCCUAGCGAAAUAUUAUCAACCGAAGCCUAACGAGAUACUGGAGAAUGAAGACCUUAUUGUUAUUGGUGAGGAUUUAGAUGCGCGAAAUGAUGGGCAGAAACCCACCCGGACCCUGGAUCACUUCGCGUUUUUCGACCCUACUCGUGACCUAGUCAUGAUCUCCCUUGCUGACUACCUCGAUGAACGGCACGAUAACGAUGAUUAUAUACUUGAAGGUGCAGGUAUCACUGACGAGCCUCAGUACAUCCGCAUCACAAAUGUCCUUGGCUAUUCUAUCGACUACACUAACGAUAAAGAUCCAAUGUACAUCGAAACUGAUCACGCUCGGUAUCUUUUGGGGGCUCCAUCUAAGAGAUACGAACGCGAGUUCAGAGCAUUCGUCCUACCACACCGCAUUAUUCAAAUGAUUGUGUCGUCAGCCAUACGGGAACCGGAAUGCGAAUACCACGACUUUGUGAAAAAACUUUCAAACACCCUCAUUGUCGGUGCUGCACCCGACGAGGGAGAUCUUUGGGAUAGAACUACCGUGACUGCCCUGAGAUAUGCGCUCGAAGGUCUAGAAAAUGCUCAACAGAUGUCCGCGACGAAAAUUAUCCGACGCCUUUUGACAGAGCAUGCGCCCUCGAUACCGAAGUUCAUUGCUCCACGUGCUCGGCCACGUGUUCCUCCAGUAACAGUGAUCCACAGUAGGGGAAGCAAGGAUCUGGCUGUUCUUCUUCCAGAAAACCAGAAUGCAACACAUCGACCAGGGUGGUUCAAAGAACGGCUAGUGGUUGUCGGUGCAACCCCUCCUCGUGAUCCCAGGAUUCCGUAUGAUGACCUUUUGUUGAGGGUAAAAACAUUUGUGCAGCGAGUAUCUACACGGAGGGAAAUUCGAUUCCGUCCGGAACAACGCCUUCGACCACGUUCACGUUGGCUCAAAUACAUCACGAUAGACGGCAACGAUUAUGCAAUUGGAGAUACCAUUGUUGUUGUCAUCGGACAUGGCAAUGAAUGGAUGCCGCCUCCCGAGUUGCCGGAUCCAGCAGACAUACCUGACACUGCAACCCUGGCAGACUACUUUUGGUUUGGGAAGAUUGUAUACAUCAAUGAGGAGUAUGAAAAUGUUCAUGUCGAAUGGUUUGAGCACAGCACGAAGACAGCCAUGGAGCAGCUUGGACACCCUCAAGAAUUAUUUCUGACCAACAUAUGCAGCACUGUCGAAUUCAACCUGAUUGUCGGGAAAGUUUCAGUUCAGUUCGUUGAUCCCUCAAAAGAAAUGCCUGUCGUUAAGCCUCACGACUUUUUUUACAAGUCCUGCAUUCCUGCGACCUCUGAGAACCCCGCUGAUAUUUCCGCCUGCAGGUUCAUAUAUAACAAACGACUGCAGCGCCGCCAGGGCGAGCACCCACACGACCGCUGCCCUGUGUGCUUGAUGGUCGAGGAGAAAGAGGAAGAACUCGUCCCUCAGAAGAUCCACCGUGGCGUUGCAUGGAAGGGCGUCAAAUAUCAUGUUCAUGAUUCUGUUAUGAUCAGGGCUGAGGAGGGACCAUGUCACAUUGGUCAAAUUACCCGUAUCCACUUUCUGCAGUCAGGCGAUAAGGACUCUGUGUCGGUUCGAGUAAAACUCUUUGCAAGGAUUGACAGGUUGGGCCUCCUCCGACCCGCGGAAGAGCCUAUAGAUGAGCGUCAUCUCUUUGUCACGCAAGAUGAGAAGACCUACCCCAUUUCGAGGCUUAUUGGACUGUGUCAUGUCUACGUGCGAGCGGCUGUGCCAGAGCUCAAAGAAUGGCUCGAAAUGUCGCCCUAUCACUUUUAUGCUUGCUACUCCUUCCCGAGCCUCAAUGUGACCUCCUGGGAUCACAAACACACACUUGCACCUCAAGAUCUCCUAGUGUGCAAACACUGCACUGCGGAGAACUUGGCUGAAUGGAAUCAGAGCCGGGAAUUUUUGAAGAAGCAAAAACCUCUUCGUGCAUUUGACCCGUUCGCCGGAGCCGGAGCGUUCGGAUUGGGGCUGGAAGAAUCCGGUUGCAUCGAAGUCACCCAUGCAGUCGAAAUUUCCCCGAGCGCCGCAAAGACUUUGAAAGCCAACUCUCCUCAUACGGUGGUGUAUAAUCAAUGCAGCAACCUAGUUCUCCAAGAAGCGAUUAAAGCACGUGCCAAUCUCGAAAUUACACGAUUGAAGAAAAUAGAACCUGAUAUCGGAGAGGAUCCAUACAUCCCCGCCCCUCCAAAACCAGAGGAGAUCGAUUGUAUCAUUGCCGGGUUUCCUUGCCAGCCCCAUUCGCGUCUGAAUAUGUUUGUCAAAGCAAACGACCGCAAGAGCAACCUUAUCCUUACCGUCUUGUCGUGGGUUGACUUCAUGCAGCCGAAAUACUGCUUCUUUGAGAACGUGCGUGGGUUCUUGUCGUUCAGUCUGAAGGCACGACAAGCCGGGAAGCAUAGAGUGCGAGAAGGUAUUUUCAUGGGCGGUUUGAAAUUCUUGAUCCGGGCAAUGACUGACAUGAAGUACCAACUACGCUUCGCAAUCCUACAAGCUGGGCACUAUGGCACACCUCAAAUCCGUGUGCGGUUUUUCAUGGUCGCGGCAAAGUACGGUUAUCCGCUUCCUCAACUCCCGCAACCUACGCACGCCUUCCCUGUGGUGGACGCUCUAGAAAUCAAAUUGCCAGUAGGACACCAUAUCACACCAAUCUGGACACAGGAGGGUUACGCACCGCACAAAUUCGUCUCUAUUGAUGAAGCCAUCAGCGACCUUCCUCGAUUCGACUGGGUAAACCCAAGGCCAUCCACGGAUCCAAAAAUACGCCGAGAGGAACGGGAGCGCGCUCGGACGAUCCCCCUUGAGGCAUGCAAGAAAGAUCGCCCCUGGUGCGGAUACUCCGGAGAGGGUGUACAGUAUGAGCAUGACCCAACGACGGCGUUCCAAACGUGGUGUCGUGAAGAACCUUCGAAAGAUCUGCAACACUAUACGCGAACCUACGAGGACAUUAAGGUCGAAAGAGUUGUAAAUAUACCGCUGAAGGCGGGUGCAGACUACAGGAACCUUCGACCUGACCUCUGGGAGUGGUACUUCGCAAACCCAGCCUCGGCCGUUGCACGCGCAGGUUUCAGAGCAGGUCUUUACGGACGAGUUGAUAAGGACAGUUACUUUCAAGCUACCGUUACCAACGUCGACCCAAGCGCAAAGCAAUCGCGUGUGCUUAAUCCUUAUUGCAGACGCACUUUUACGGUGCGCGAACUUGCUCGCUCGCAAGGCUUUCCCGACAAGUUUGUGUUCUAUGCGGAGAAUGAUCGUGUCAUGACGAUGCAUAGGCAGAUUGGGAAUGCCGUGCCAUGGCCAGUCUCAAUGGCGAUCGGUCGCGAGUUAAGGAAAGUGUUGAUGAAGAAGUGGUUGAAAGAGCAUGAGGAUGCCAUCAUGAUAGAGGCUGACUGA